AUGGAAGAAGAUCAAGAUAUUGUCGUUUCACUAAAAAACCAUGAUUUGGUAGAGCAAGUUCUGAAAGAACCUGAUUCAGAAUCUGUGAAGGAGUCAGAAUCUUCACAUGUGCCGCUGCCUAGUUUGGCGGACGUAGAGGAAGUGAUGGGAUAUAGUUUUAGAAACAAGGAGUUACUGAAGGAGGCUUUCACUCAUGGUUCUUACAAAGCUGAUGACUGCAAAUCUUACGAGCGACUCGAGUACUUAGGCGACUCAGUUUUGAAUCAUUUAAUUGCUAAGCUACAUUAUUUAUCGUAUCCUGAUAUGGCUCCUGGUGAGUUGACUCGGUUACGUGCCGCCAAUGUUGACACGGAGGCGCUAACAAGGGCGGCGUUGAAAUACAAUUUGCAUAAGUUUCUUCGCCACGAGAAACCUCUUCUUCAACGACAGAUCCAAGAAUUCAUGGAAGGGAUCAAACAAUACACAUCGCAUUCACAUGGUAUGAUUGAUCCACCCAAAGUGCUUGCUGAUCUUUUGGAGUCACUAAUCGGUGUCAUCUUCAUCGAUACAGAGUCGUCAAUGGAUUCUACAUGGGAGGUGGUGGAGCGGUUGUUACAACCCCUAAUCACGUCGGAAAACUUGAAGCUGCAUCCUGUAGCAAAAUUCAAUGAAGCUUGUCAGAAGAUGGGGGUGAAAGCACAACAUAAAGAUUUGUGGAGUAAAACAGGGGAAAUUGAAAUUUACAUAGAGAAUGAGUUGAUUGGAAGGGGAAAAUACAAGUUGAAGAAGGUGAUUGCAGUGAACAGAGCAAAAGAUGAUGCAUAUAAUAAUCUUUUUCUUUUUGAGAAGAAAGAUGGUGGAAAUGGAGGUUAA